AUGGAGCUCGUACGGGUCACACUGGAGAAUUGGAAGACGGUGAAGACAUUGGUGGCUAGCAUAUUUCCAGUCAGUUAUAGUGAGAAAUUUUUUGUGGAGGUAUGUGUGGGGGAAAAUUGAGCUAUGACGUGGCAAAGCUUGAGAAUCUUUACCACGUCAUAACUCACGGCGAAAAAGCUAAUUGAAUUGAAUAAAUUCAAAAAUGUUGAGAACUUCUUGAAAUUUUGAAACAGUGAAAUAUUUUUGAACAAAAAAAAAUUUUUCUAAUAAAAAAAUUUUUCACUGUUUCAAAAAAUUAUGAAAUUUUUGCAUUUUUUGAUGAUUCUACUGGAUUUGGAUUUUGGAAUUGAGUUAUGACGUGGAAAAUCUUCAGAGUAUUUUUUGAAUUUCACGAACUUUGCCACGUCAUAACUCUUAUUCAAAAAUUAUCACAAAAAUAAUUUUGUCGAAAUAAAAUCCUAUCGAUUUGAAGAAAUUCAAAAACUUUAAGAAUUCAUGGAAAUUUUGAAACAGUGAAAAAUUUUUGAACGAAAAAAAUAUUUUUUGUAUAAAAAAUUUUCACUGUUUCAAAAAUUUAUGAAAUUUCCAACAUUUUUGAAUUUCUUUGAUGGUCUUACUGGCUGUAUUGUAUUAAUUUAAUUUUGAAAAUGAGUUAUGACGUGGUGAAGCUUGAGAACAUUUUUUUUGAGUUUCACGAACUUUGCCACGUCAUAGCUGAUAUUCAAAAUUUAUCACAAAAUUAAUUUUGUCAAAAAAAUUCAUGGAAAUUUUGAAACAGUGAAUAAUUUUUGAGAAAAAAAAAUUCACUGUUUCAAAACUUUAUGAAAUUUUCAACAUUUUUGAAUUUCUUCGAUGAUGCUGUCCACUUCAGAAAUCAUAAUUUUAUCAGUUAAAAUGAGUUAUGACGUGGCAAAUCUUCAGAGAAUUUUUUGAAUUUUCAAUCUUUGCCACGUCAUAACUCAUGUUCAAAAUCAUCACAAAAUUAAUUUGGUCUAACACUACUAGAUUAGAAAAAUUCAAAAACGUUGAGAAUUUCAUGAAAUUUUGAAACAGUGAAAUAUUUUUGAACGAAAAAAAUAUUUUUGAGCAAAAAAAUUUUCACUGUUUCAAAAAUUUAUAAAAUUUUCCACAUUUUCGAAUUUCUUUGAUGUUCUCUCUGAUUGGUUUACUGACUGAAUAAAAAGUCCUAAUGUAUUACACAGGCUCCUCCAGGCGGCGGUGUGAAAAAAUUAAUAUAUUAGUUGAAUUUUGAACUUGAGUUAUGACGUGGCAAAGCUUGAGAACAUUUUUAUGAAUUUCACGAAUUUUGCCACGUCAUAACUCAUGUGCAAAAUUUUGGUUUAAGAAAACUCCAAGAAAUUAGAGUGGUUAAAAAUUGUGAAAAUUUAACGAAAUUUUGAAACAGUGAAAAACUUAUGAGUAAAAAAAAUUUCACUGUUUCAAAAAUUUAUGAAAUUUCUAGGAUUUUUGAAUUUCUUUGAUGUUGGUAAAACUAGAAAAUAUGAAUUUUAUCAAAAAUCUAGGAUUUUAAGCUUGAAAAUGAGUUCUUAACCUUAUUUUCAAUUUUUUCAAGCAGCUAAGAAAAACCUUAAGACCCUAAAAUCUACCUUAUCCUAAAAUUUAAGUCCUAAAUUCAAUAAUUGUGAAAAAAGCAAACCUAAUUUGAAGAUUUCCAGUUCAAAAAAAACCUUAAGGAUAAAAGUUAAAACCCUAAAAUCUACCUUAACCCUAAACCUCCUUAACAUUUUUCCCCUAUUUUCAGUGCCUUGAAAACGACCUAUCCCAAACAAUAAUUGUGAAUAAUGAAGCGAUCGCUUUUGUGUCAGUAAAACCCGAGAAUUUUGGCGGCGAUGUUUUGUAUGUUCGAAGUUUGGGAGUUCAUCCGCUAUUUCGAGAAAAUGGAAUCGGAACGAGAUUGAUUGAAUUUGUUGAGAAGAAAUGUGAGGAACACGGAUUGAAAAUUAUUAUGCUACAUGUUCAGGUGAGAUUUUGGGGGCUUGAAAAUGAGAAUUGGGAUUAGAUAUGCUGAAAAAUGGGAUUUUUGAGCCUAUUUUUGGCCCAGAAGCCUGGAAAUCUAGUUUUUUUGGUCUAGGAGCUCUUCCGGACCUGAAAAUCUAGUUUUUCGGCUUAUUUUUGGCCUAGAAGCCUGCGAAAUUUUUUAAAAUAUAAAAAAAACUUACAUUUGAUGUGAUUUCAGCGCCAUUUUGAUUUAAUUCCAAAGCUGAAAAACUAUUGCUCAUUUUAAGAAUUUUUAAUUAAAAAAACACGAUUAAAAAGUCUUCAGAAAAACUGAAACAAUUUGGAUUUUCCCAGUUUUUGCCCGAAAAAUCCAUAGGAAAAGCUAAAUUAAGCUAAAUCUCUUCCAAAAAAUCUCCGUAGAAACCAUGUGUAUCUUUGAAAUUAUCGCAAUUUUUCAUCGCGCGCGCCGAAAAAAAAACGGAAAAAAUUAAACUGUUUUAUUUUCUGCCCAGGAAAGCAAAUAAACGCGAUAUUUUGCAUGGUGACGUGGCAUUUUUGGCGGGAAAACUAAUUUUGACUUUUUUUUUUCUACUACCAUGAGCAUUUUAGCUAUAAUCCAACACAUUUUGUUUUAUUUUUGAAACAGUGAAAAAUUUUGAUUUGGAAAAUUUUCACUGUUUCAAAAAUUUAUUAUCAUAUUUGAAAUUCUAAGGAAAAAUUAGUAGUUCAUUGAUGUUCAGAGGAAUUUCAUAAAAAAUAGAAAAAAUUCACAAAUUUCAGAAUUUGAAAUCAUAAAAAUAAUAUUGAAUUUUUGAAACAGUGAAAAAUUUUGGUAAAAACUGAAAUAUCUAAUGGGACGAUGCGUGAAGAAAAAAAACGUCAAAAAACGUGUUUCGAAACAUAAAAAUACAAUGCACGAAAUGUCGCAAAACGUCGCGAAACUCGAGUUUUUCGACAUUGAAAUGUCGCGAAACAAGUAUGAUUUUUCUCAAAAUGUGGAAAAAAUUUAGAUUGUUUUUGUAGAAAAAAACAUAUCAGGGGUUGAAAAAGGAUAUUAAUUUACGAAAAUAGGUAAUAAAAACUUCUGAAAAGCAAUCUUUGUCAAAUGAAAGUGUUAUCUGUGAAUUGCAUUUGCCAAGUCUCGUGUUUCCGAAGAAAAUGGGGGUGAAAACUGUUACAAACAAGUAAAAACAUUGUAAGAACCGAUCUCCAGUGUCUGUGGUUUCAGUACGAUACAAAAAACCAUGCUUGUUUCGCGACAUUUCAAUGUCGAAAAACUCGAGUUUCGCGACGUUUUGCGACAUUUCAUGCAUUGUAUUUUUAUGUUUCGAAACACGUUUUUUGACGUUUUUUUUCUUCGCGCAUCGUCCCAUAAAUGUUCAGCAAUUUUGAGUAUGUCAGCAGUGUUUUCAACAAUUUUGUAUAAUUUUUUUUUAUUUGAAAAAUUCUCACUGUUUCAAAAAUUUAUUAUUAAUUUCGAAAUUCUGAGGAAAAAUUGGUGCACCAUUUAUGAAUCUCAAAAAUAGAAAAAAUUCAAAAAUUUCAGAAUUUUCAACAGAUUUAUGUGAAACUGCUAAAAAUUCUGAAUUUUUCUAUGAAGAGCCAGGUUCAAAUUAAUCAAUUUUUUUGAAGUUUCAAAAUUAAUAAUGAAUUUUUGAAACAGUGAAAAAUUUAUUGUAAAAAAUUGUGUUUUACUUUUGAAUCAGUGAAAACUUUUGACUUGAAAAAAUUUUCACUGUUUCAAAAAUUUAUUAUCAUAUUUGAAAUUUUGAGGAAAAAUUUGAUACACGUAGUAGAUCGGGAUCUAUAAAUUGCAACUAGAAAAUAAGGAAUUUUAUACAAAACUAGAAAAAAAUUGAAAAUUUUCAGAAUUUUCAAAAAAAAAAUAAUAUUGAAUUUUUGAAACAGUGAAAAAUUUUGAUUUGAAAAAAAAGCAUAAGCAAAAAUGAAUGUUGAGCUCUGAAACUUUUUCACCGUUUCAAAAAUACAUUAUUAAUUUGGAAGGUUUGAAGAAAAAUUGGUGAUCCAUUUAUGAAUUUUAUACAAAACUAGAAAAAAUCAAAAUUUUCGGAAUUUUUCUUGAAACAGCAAAAUUUUUUGAAUUUUUCGGGAAUUCACCAAUUUUGAGAUGCCAACAGUGUUUUCAACUUUUGUAGAAUUUUUGAAACAGUGAAAAAUUUUUCAUCCAAAAUUUUUCACUGUUUCAAAAAUUUAUUAUUAAUUUUGAAACUUUGAAAUAAACAUUGGUAUUGCAUCGCUGUUUAUAAUUAGAAAAUAAAGAAUAUUUUAUACAAAAAAACUUCUGAAUUUUUCUUUGAAGAUUUCCUAAUUUUCUAGUUUUACUCCAUACUAAAAAAGUUGAAAAAAAACAGUGAAAAAUCCCAAUUUUUCGAAUUUUCCUCAAAAUUUCAUCAAAAUUCAGCCUUGAAAGUUCUUAAAUAUUCUGAUUUUUCAAAUCUUGAUCAAAUACUAAAACAUUUCUUACUUGUUCCAAAAUUACUAUUAAAGUUCUUGAAACAGUGAAAAAUAUAAAUUUUCAGAAUUAAUUUCUGUUUGGAAAUUCUGAAAACAUUCAAUUCCAGCUUUAAAAAAUUCUGAAACAGUGAAAAAUCCGAAUUUUUCAUUUUUCACCAAAACAUCCAAAUUUGGUCUCGGACAUUCACAAAUUCCUAAAUUCUUUCAGAUUUCCAACAAAACCGCCAUCAAAUUCUACGAAUCUCGCGGAUUUCGUCUCCACAAAUUGAUUCCCAAAUAUUAUCAACGUUGUGAACCAGCCGAUGCUUAUGUGAUGCUAAAAAAUCAAUAA